GACGCGGCUGUGAUGCUGGUGGCGGCCGCAGCGGAGCGGAACAAGGAGCCCAUCCUGCGCGUGCUGCAGCAGUAUGUGGACCCGGCCCAGCGCGGCGUCCGCGUACUCGAGGUGGCCUCAGGCUCCGGCCAGCAUGCGGCACACUUCGCUCAGGCCUUCCCGCACGCCGAGUGGCAGCCAUCCGACGUGGACCAGCGCUGCCUGGACAGCAUCGCUGCCACCACUCAAGCCCAGGGCCUGUCCAACGUGAAGGCCCCAUUGUACCUGGAUGUCACCUGGGAGUGGGAACAAUGGGGUGGCAUUCUGCCGCAGUCGCUGGACCUGCUGCUCUGCAUCAACAUGAUCCACAUCAGUCCCCUGAGCUGCACUGAGGGGCUCUUCAGAGCAGCAGGACAUCUGCUCAAACCCAAGGCUGUGCUUAUCACCUACGGGCCCUAUGCAGUCAAUGGGAAGAUCUCUCCCCAGAGCAACGUGGACUUUGACCUGGCCCUCAGAUGCAGGAACCCAGAAUGGGGGCUGCGAGACACAGCUAUCCUGGAGGAACUGGGCCACGCCAGUGGUCUGCUCCUGGAGAGAAUGGUAGGUGUGGCAGGUUGGGGGCAGGUGACCUUUGUGAAGACCAAGGGCCACUCUAGCAAAGCAUUUCUUUAGGUGGACAUGCCAGCCAACAACAAGUGCCUGAUUUUCCGGAAAAAGUAACCCUUCUCCUUCAUCCUGUGUGUCUACAUCUCUGCCAAAGGCACAAACCAGAUUCAAAUCCCUGACACCCUCAGCCAGGCUGGUCAGCUCUACCUAAUUUGGGCUCUUGGCUGGUGACUGUGGGGCUGGUAAGAGCCUGGACCCAGCCUACCUUGUAAUAAAACAUUUCCUGUGUGGAUGUCCACCACACUGUCUCCUGAGAGCACCUAAUGGGGGUGG